CUCUUGCAGUUUCCUGUUUUACAUUCAAAUUCAGAUUCCUUUCGUCGUGCUGUGUUUCAGCUCCACGUCAAGAUGAGAUCUUCACAUCUGCUGCUUCUGGCUUCGUUGCUGUUACUCAGCGCAUGCGUGGCGGUGGCUCGGACGGUCGUCGCGGACACCCCGGAAGUCAGGGCUCCCACCGGGUGGAACAUCAGCCUGCAGUGCACCGCUGAGCUGAAGCAGGGGGUCGCGUACCUGGCAGUGAGCUGGUACAAGCUUGAAAAAAGCCCAUCACUACAUCGCAGUGGCCUGUUGAGAAAAGAGCUGCCAGAUGGUCCAACAAGGCUGUAUGAGGGCAUGUACAGGGAGGUGGAGCUGCUGGAUGAAGCUCACAGCAUCCUCCUGCCCAGCCUGGCGUGCAGCGACAGCGGCGUCUACAUCUGUUCCCUGGCUGCACCUGUGGGCGAGCAGAACAGGGAAGGGAGGAUUCUUCUCUCUGUGGAAGAUUGUCCUACUGAUACUGUGAUGGAAACUGUCAUAAGGGAUACCAGCUUGGUUUUGUUUGCCACAGCACUGCUGAUAAUUGCACUUUUGAUAUUCAUCCUCAGCCAUUACUGUCUGAAGAAUACUCUCAAAGAAAAGGUCAAGAAGUCAAAGACUGAGAUUCUACUGGAUGCGCCGCUCAAACCGCUUGAAAAGAAGGACUUGAUGCUGAUCUACACUCUGGGUCCUAAGGCAUCCUCUAUGAAGCACAUCUGUGUUUGAAGAUGCUGAGGAAAUCUAGUGUUCAAGAGUAAAGAAACUGUGGAGCAACAGGUCCGACGGAGCAAUACUACUACAUUUUACUUUAAACGCACCUUUUAAAACCCACAAAGAAACUGAAAAUUACCAAAUUCAAAAUGAAUAGGUAAACUAUGGAAACAAAAGGCGUAAAGAAACAAAUUGACAAAGAAAAAAGUGCUGUAAACAGAUUUGAUUCAAAGAUGGAGUGGACCGAUGUUUGGGGUUUCUGAUGGACGGGAGUUCCAGACAGAACGCCCUGCUCCCCGUGGUGCUUGGGCGGACAGAGGUCCCUGUGAGACGGACGGAGGACGAAGAUCUAAAAGAACAGAUGGAGGCGGUGAUGCGCAGGAUGGUGCAGAGACAUACAUGGAGCCCAUGGGGUUCUUCCAAAAUAAAGAAAUGGGAAAGGAAAAAGUCCCUGUGAUGAUGAACUCCAGAGGUUGUAAACUCAGGAAAUGGAUUAGAUUCAACAACUUUGUUGAUGUUAUAGCAGUCUAAUUGUGGAUUUAAACCCACAUUUUACUGUCUCAGUACGAUUCUUUUAUUUAUUGCUAGGCACUUUAUUUGUUAAAAAGUUCUUUAAUGUUGUAAAAGCCGGAUGAUUUUUUAUCGCUAAAGACCUUCUUCAGUUUUUCCUACUUGAGAUUGAUCUGUUGUUUAGAAAAAAAGCUGAAACUGAGCUAUAGGAAGCCCAUGCUUAAAUGUACACUGGAAUCCGCUUUACUGAUGACUUUGAAUGUGUUUGCUUGUUUUUUCUAAGGUUCUCAUAAAAAAAAAAAACUGUCUCACAGGGUUGAAAGUCGAACUUAAACAAGCUUUCAAAUCUAGAAGUGAAACCUGCUGGCAUGAAUAAAUGCCUCUUUGACAUUUGUCUCACAUGAAAGUUAUGGGUGUUUGUUGCAAAUGUUUUUUUAAGCAAUGUACUCUGAGCAAAUCAUAUUAUUACAUGUUUUUUUUUGAUGUUAUUCAAAUAAAGGUCUGUUUCUAGA